CCCGAGCAAGAUAAUGGUAGCAGUUUUUUACGUUUGCAACUGAUCUGUUCUCUUUUAGGUCAAAUUGCUCAAAAUGGAAUUCAAGUAAAGAUCUCAGAUAUGCCAUUUCCAGUGGCAAACGCACAGCAAUUAAGCCAAAUUGUAUGGACUAUGUUAGGAACCACUACAAAGGAAACCAUAUAUUGCGUCUCGGAAGCACCCGUUUCGCAGUUGCGUUUCGUAUGUGUGGAUUGUUUUCAGAAGAAUAUCACCGAUAUGGUGAAUGUGUUGAGCGGUGCACAAGAUUUAACUAGAAGUGCCGGAUUUCCGACGGUUGCGUUACGGAAUGUUGCGGUAAGCACAAAUUGGACAGGCGCAACGAUAAUGUGUCAGGCGGCAUUGAACGGUGGCACAAUCGAUUCAGCGCAGGCAGUUAUUGACGUUCGAUACUUGCGACAACCGCACGUCGUCGACGCUUCUGGACAAGGACCGGUGCUCAUUGCUAAUCAGGGUUAUCGCUUCUAUGUGGAAUGUGUACGUGGAAGUGAUGGGUUAUGCCAGCAGAGUGCACGUCGUAAAACGCUUCGUUGUGCCGUACAGUCGCAUCCGCCAGCUACUGUUUUUAGGUGGCUCAAAAAUGGAGUUGUUACGAGUGGUAAUGGAGCUGACAUAACGAUUGGUACGGAAAUGAUCGGUCAAUCAAUUCAAUGUUCCGCAAAUAAUGGCCUUUUCUCGGAUAACGAAAUGCCGACCUCACAAGCCGUCCAAAUUGAUCCUUAUUCUGCUGCACGUCUUAUACAGGAUAAUUUUCAAACGAUGCAAAAUGCUGCACCAUUCCAAGCUGGAAAUCGUAUUGAUAUGAAUCAGCAAAUAAAUUUGGGCUGUCAAGUGGAAGGUAGCCCAAGACCAUUGGUGUUUUGGAAGUUGAGCAAAAGUAACGGACAAGUUGUUGAUGCGGCGUGUGCGCAAGGUUUUGAUGGUCAAUAUCAGGAAGUACCUCUUGAUCAACGCACCUCACAACAACCACUCGCAAACAACCUGGUUCGUCUUAAUGCGGUUUGUUCUCUACGUAUCGCGAACUACUCAUUCUCUGGACAGUACUGGUGUUCAGCGUGUUCGUAUGUUUCCCAAGGUAUUCCCGAAUGCUCACCAUCGUUGGAGACGCCUGGACCAAGUGUGCUAAGCGUUCAAGUGCAAGGACCGCCGAUGCAAUCAGAUGCUGCACCGAGUGUUGAGAAGGCACUGAACGGUGAGAGUGCAACUGUGACGGUUCAUUACUGUGCUGAACCGACACCGAAACCACCACGAGACGUCAUCUUUGCGGUCGAUCAAAAUGAACUACAAAUUGGACAAACAUGGCAAAAUUUUCGAUUCGAAGGUACUACCCAAAAUAACACACUACCAAAUUGCUUUCUGGCACGUUUGCAUAUUUCAUCGAUCACGGAAGAUGAUCAGAGCCGUCAGAUUGUCUUGAAAGUGCAGAAUACUUACGGUAGUAAACAUAUAUCGGUACCAUUAGGAGCGUUACUCGGCGAGGGUACGUCAACGUCGAGUUCAGUCUCGGGUUGGGUGGUUGCGUUGAUUCUAGUGCUCGCAUUCGGUCUUGUUGCGUCAGUUAUCGUCAUCUUUUGUGUGCGACGCAACUUAUUCUGCUUCGACAAAGUGAAAUCCACGUCGUCGCCAUACGAUGAUAAGCGAAAAUCGAAUUUGAAUGUUCGUCAAAUGACGUAUGCCGAAGAGAUACCACGUCCGCUGUAUGCACCGCCAUCCGCCGGGCAACCAGCUGAGGUAAUGCGCUGUGAAAGUAGGACUGAAUCCGCUUAUCAGUUCUAUCUGAGCAAAGAGGCUGUCGUUUGA